AUGGAGACCUAUUGGCAGUGGGUGGCCGUAAAGCAAGUUAAUCUCCAGCGCCAGGGCUGCGAGGAUGUGUUGAAGGAAAUCCUGGUCAUGAAGGAAUAUAAGAACCCCAAUAUUGUCACCUACAUAGAAAGCUACCUUGUCAGUGAGGAUGUCCUGGUGGUGUUGGAGUAUAUGGAUGGAGGCUCCUUAGCUGAUGUGGUCAGCAUGAAAAGGAUGGCUGUAGGACACAUAGCAACAGUGUGUCGGGAGAGCCUGCAAUGCCUGGCUUUCCUUCAUGCCAACCAGGUGAUCCACAGAGACAUCAAAAGUGACAACAUCCUUCUGGGCCAGGAUGGCUCCGUCAAGCUGGCCGAUUUUGGCCUCUGUUCUCCGCUCAGCCCUGAGCAGAGUAAACGGAGGUCGAUGGUCGGGACCACUUGCUGGAUGGCACCCGAGGUGGUGAGAAGAGAGCCAUACGGCCCCAAAGUGGACAUCUGGUCCCUUGGCAUCGUGGGAAUAGAAAUGGCCAAAGGAGAGGCUCCUUAUAUUCGGGAAACCAGUGAGAGGAGCCAAUUGAGUGUCUUGUAG